CUAAAGAAGGCGGUGCUAGGUAGGUAGCACGAGGCUACUUGAUUCAUUUGUCAAGUGUGGUAAUGGCAAUGCACUCUAAAAUGAAUGGCAUUUGGAGAGUUUCCCCACACUUUUCAUGACUGAAGAAGAAAGAGGAAACGUUUAGCUCUCGAGGAUAUGGAGGGGCAUGAAGAGGAGAGAGUGUGUGGGAAAUGGAGGGUUGCCUGCGGUUUGAACAGUUAUAACUUGAGGGAUGUCUUCACAUGGCAUCUGCUGAAGACCAUUAUCAUGGGGCAGGUCUUGUCCCUGCUGAUCUGUGGAACAGCAGUGAGCUGUCAGUACCUGGCCAAUGCCAAGGUGGAGACGCCCAUGCUGCAGAGCUUCCUCAACUACGUCCUGCUGCUGCUUGUUUAUACAACCAUCCUCGGCACCCGCAAAGGUGACAGGAACCUCCUACAAAUUCUUAAAACCAAGUGGUGGAAGUAUUUGUUGAUGGGUCUGGCAGAUGUGGAGGCCAACUAUGCGGUUGUGAAAGCCUAUCAAUUCACCACCCUGACAAGUAUCCAGCUGCUGGACUGCUUUGUGAUCCCUGUGCUGAUGGUGCUUUCCUGGUUCUUCCUUAAGACUCGCUACAGACUGGUCCACUUUGUAGCCGUGUCGGUCUGCUUGUUGGGGGUGGGAGCCAUGGUGGGAGCUGACAUUCUGGCUGGAAGAGACCAGGGAUCCACCAGUCAUGUGGUGCUGGGAGAUGGUUUGGUCCUGCUCAGUGCCGCCCUCUAUGCUGUAUCCAAUAUGUGCCAAGAGCACACAGUGAAGAACUUGAGCCGGGUCGAAUUCCUGGGCAUGAUGGGCCUCUUUGGGACGCUCAUCAGCGGCAUACAGCUAGCUGUACUGGAAACCUGUGCAGUAGCGGCAAUAGAAUGGAACUUUCACAUUUCCAUGCUGUUUGCAGUCUACGCCCUGUGCAUGUACGCGCUCUACAGCUUCAUGCCUGUAGUGGUGAAGAUGACCAGCGCUACUGCAGUCAACCUCUCCCUGCUCACCGCCGACCUCUUCAGCCUCUUCAGCGGCAUCUUCCUCUUCAACUACACAUUUUCAACCCUGUACAUCAUCUCAUUUGUUGUCAUCACUGUGGGUUUCGUCAUGUUCAACGCCCUUCCUACGUACUCGGCUUUACCGGAGUCCAGCUCCAGUGAGGACGACCCCGCCGAGGUGUUUGCUGACCGGACAGAUGAGAGCCCCUCAGACCAUUUACUGUCCGCAGGCAGAGACAGUCAGGGAGCGGAGACACUCACUGCUGUGACUGCAUUGUGACUGAAGCUGACUGAAGACAGAGGGAGGUAGCUAAAAGUUGAUAGACUGCACCACUCAGGUGUAUUUAGCCUCCAUUAUAGGUAACUUUGAAGAGGACUCUCAGUUUGAACAUUGCCAUUGAGACAGAAGUACAUGUUUUCUUGUACUGGGCUGGAAACUUAACUUGUUUUUGGUAUUUAUUAUCAAAGAAAAUGCAGUCGGUACCAUGUGACAUCUCAUUGCUUGUGGUAGUUAACUGUUUACAUUGACACAUUUUUCAUUCCUAUUUUUAGGUUACGUCAUUUAUAAAAGAAGAAAUUUGUUAUUAACCGUGAUCAAAUACCCGAUGUUAAACACAAUGUGCUAUUUAUUGUGCCAAAACGGAUGUUACCACUUUUCUUCUACUUUCUU